CGAGAUUUGCACGUGCCAGAUGACCACGCGUGCUAAAGGAAGACCGAAAUGUGCCAUGGCUGACUAAAACUCUGUAACUCGAACGAACAGAAACAGCUCGCUCUCUGAAUUUUUUUUUUCCUCCUAAAGCUGAGCCAUCCAUCCAGCUUCCACGCAUCUCUAAUCCUGAUCAAGUAUUUCAUCUGCAAAUAAUAAGCUCUAAAUCUCCAGAUCUGUGUUGACCCAUUAUCAUCAUCAUCUUCGUGACUUCUCCGUAAUUGCUCGUUGAUUAUUCUGAGGUCGAUCCACUGCAUUAGCUAUGCCGGUGGCUGCUUCUGCCAUCUAUUUCUUAAAUCUCCGUGGGGAUGUACUCAUCAAUCGUCUCUAUCGCGAUGAUGUCGGUGGAAAUAUGGUGGAUGCAUUUCGAAUGCAUAUAAUGCAAACAAAAGAACUCGGCACAUGCCCAGUGCGACAGAUUGGUGGUUGCUCUUUCUUUUACAUGAGAAUCAGCAAUGUCUACAUUGUGAUUGUUGUCAGCAGCAAUGCUAAUGUAGCUUGUGCAUUCAAGUUUGUUGUUGAGGCUGUUGCGUUAUUCAAAUCAUACUUCGGCGGGGCUUUUGAUGAAGAUGCCAUCAGAAAUAAUUUUGUCCUGAUUUAUGAAUUACUGGAUGAGAUUAUGGACUUUGGUUACCCACAAAAUCUGUCUCCUGAGAUUUUAAAGCUUUACAUCACACAAGAAGGAGUUCGCUCACCGUUUUCAUCCAAGCCUACAGAUAAACCAGUACCUAAUGCAACUUUACAAGUCACGGGUGCUGUUGGUUGGAGGAGAGAGGGCCUUGUUUAUAAAAAGAAUGAGGUUUUCCUGGAUAUUGUGGAAAGUGUAAAUCUUCUUAUGUCUUCAAAAGGUAGUGUUUUGCGCUGUGAUGUAACUGGGAAGAUUCUUAUGAAGUGUUUCCUUUCUGGGAUGCCCGAUUUAAAAUUGGGAUUAAAUGAUAAAAUUGGCCUCGAGAAAGAGUCGCAACUGAAAUCCCGUCCUGCUAAAAGUGGCAAAACAAUUGAACUUGAUGAUGUUACUUUCCAUCAGUGUGUAAAUUUGACAAGGUUCAACUCAGAAAAGACAGUUAGUUUUGUUCCACCAGAUGGUGAAUUUGAAUUGAUGAAGUAUCGUAUCACUGAGGGAGUAAAUCUUCCAUUUCGAGUGUUGCCCACAAUCAAGGAACUGGGUCGAACACGAAUGGAAGUGAAUGUUAAGGUAAAGAGUGUAUUUGGUGCCAAAAUGUUUGCACUUGGAGUUGUCAUCAAAAUUCCUGUACCCAAACAAACUGCUAAAACGAGUUUCCAAGUGACAUCGGGUCGGGCAAAGUACAAUGCUGCAAUUGAUUGCUUGGUUUGGAAGAUAAGAAAAUUCCCUGGACAGACUGAGCCAACCUUGAGCGCAGAAGUUGAGUUGAUUUCUACAAUGACUGAAAAGAAGUCUUGGACAAGGCCACCAAUUCAGAUGGAGUUCCAGGUUCCCAUGUUUACGGCAUCUGGUUUACGUGUUCGCUUUCUCAAGGUAUGGGAGAAGAGUGGGUAUAAUACAGUUGAGUGGGUCCGCUAUAUCACUAAAGCAGGUUCUUAUGAGAUUAGGUGCUAAAAACAUUGAGUACAUGAGUGAAGUAUUGGCUUAUUGCAAUGAGAUCAGAUGGAGAUUGAAUACUUUGCUAGCCAUUCUAGCCAAGUUGCAAGGAAUCAUUGCAUAGAUUGCAUUUUGUCUACAGAAAAAUGUGCAGCUUGUCAUGUUGAUUAUUUUAUUGUAAUCUGUUAUGUUGAUUUUUUUUAUUGUAAUCUGGCCAGUAGCAAGUGUUGUCGGUAUUUUAAUUUGGAGUGAUUGGUUUUUUGCUUUUAAAGAUAGUUCCUUGUUAGAGCGUGAUGAUUUUUUUUUUUUUUUUUCUUUUUACCGUUUUCAUUUUUGAUAUAUAGUGUUAUUUUCGUUUUGAUAUGCUACUGUUUACUGCUUCUUGCAGAGUUUGUUUUUGUUGUAGUGAUGAAAUUGUUUAUCCA